GGUAGGCAGUUUUAAAUGACUUUAUUGUUUUUCGAAGUAUUCUCCACGAAGAUUAAUACACAUCUGCAUGCGUUCGAACCAAUUUUCGAAGCACUUAUUCCACUCGUUUGCUGGCAGAUCCAAAACGGCAUUUUUGAAUGCAUCAACUGCUUCUUCUGGUGACUGGAACCUUUGGCCACGAAGUCUGUUUUUAAUUUUCGGGAAAGUAAAGAAAUCGUUAGGACUUAGAUUGGGACUAAAUGGAGGAUGGUCCAAUAAUUCUACGUUUUCUGCCUUGUUUUUUGGGCUAUGAAUUGUGUUUUGACACAAAGAUCGUGACC